UCUCUGCCGUCAACACCAACCUCAGGUAAAAAGGGAAAAAAGAAAACCCCAGAACCAAGAAAAAACAAAAGAAACACCCUCCCUCUUUCGGAUUUCUGUCUUCUGCUUCUCUCUUUUUUAGUGACAAGAUGAAGAGGAACCGCAGAAGGAGAAAAAUCCAACCCCUUAAACUCACCAAUCCUCCCCUAUUUAUACAAAAAUCAAAAGAAAACCUAAAGGACGCUGGUCUGCCAUCAUGCUCAGUUGGCUGCAACAUGGGGCGCAGGAUCUAUCUUUGCAGGAAAAGGACGGCGCAGAGAGGAGGCUGUAGGAUCUGGUUGCAGAAGAGGGGCGGCGCAGAGAGGGGGGUGCAGGCUGCUGUAGGCUCGAGGAGUGCAGGAGAAGGGAGGCGGAGUCGGCUGCAGUAGCAAAGGGCGCAGGCAGCAGGGGGCGCGGGCUGCUGCAGGCUCGGGUGCAGUAGCAGGGGGCGAAGUCGGCUGCAGCAGCAGGGCGCAGGGGUUGCAAAGGGGGCGCAGCAGGGGGCGCGGCAGGGGGGUACGUUUUUUAUCUCCUUUUUUUCUUUUGUUUCCCUUUUGUCUCUGCAGGUUUUUUUUUUUUUUUUUUUGGAGAGAUAAGAAAUUAGGGUUUCAGUUGGGUUUGGGCUGAUUUUUGAUGGGCAUGGGCUUAAUAUUGGGCCUAAGUCUUUUAAAUUGAAAUGGGUUGGUGUUAGGUUGGGUUUGGUUUUAACGGAAUUGGGCCAUUUGAGAUGGGUUUUGAGAAACGGACUAGAUUUAUAGCUUAAAGGAUUUCAUCCCCAAACUUUUGAUUUCUUCAACUGAGUCCCUUGUUUCUUCUUCUCCCACUUUUUGUGAAAUUUCCUUUUGCUUGCAAACCUAACAAUGAAAGUAAAAAUCGAACAUAUUAAUUAAGAUAAAAACUAAAAUAAAAAUAAAAUUUUAAAAAUUUUGAGUUAUGACAAACAGUGCAUCAAGUACCUUGGUCCGGUGAUUAAAGAUGUCAACGGGACCCCGCGGGGCUAGGGACUCCCUCCCUGUCCUCGUCCCCGCGAAUGGCGGGAAUAGAGAUCCCCACGAAAGAUUUUUGAUGGGGGUAGAUUUUGCCCCCGUCUCCGUUUCCCGUGGGGAUCUCCAUUCCCUACCAAUUAAUAUUAAAUUAUAAAUUUUUUUGUCUUUUACAUAUAAUUAAUUAAUAUUCAAUUAUAAUAAAUAAAAUUUUAAAAA